UUCCUAAAUCAUAGAUUGUAAUGGAAACCAAACAGUUGAUCAUCUGGAAUGGUCUCAUUUUCAUUCUCUCUGUAAUAAUACCGGUAGAAAGUUCAAUGUUUUCAAUUCUUGCGUACGCUGCUCUGGCCAAUCUACUCAAACCUAGGCCUAAAUACCUACCACCGCCUCCUCCACCACCACCAGCGCCAGCGCCUAUUUACUAUGAUUCAUUGAGUCAACCAGCAGCUUCACCCUUUGUUGGUCAAUCACCAGUUCAUUCACUAGCCUCACAGUUUGUGCCUCAACCAUCCAAACGAGGAUUUGGGUUUCCUGGAGCCAUUUCAUUGGAUAGCAAUCCAGUGACUGAUUGGGCUAAAAGUUUGAAAUCCCACCCUGAAAGUCAAAAAGUACCAAGCUUUUAUGGCUCAUACCCAACCAAUGGUUACCAGAUUUUUAAUGGACCUCCACCAAGAACCAAUUUACUGAUGCCUAAGAAAUCGGGAGUCCAACCAGUUUUUAGACUUGCUGGAGUGGCUGAUCAUUUCAAAAGUGUACCCGAUAAAGGCAUUUUUCAGUUUUAACCAGAAAAAUUAGGUUACUUGGCCUUUUUCAUAUCUUUUUUUACAUAAAUAUCUUAUU